UGCUGCUGCUGUGCCGCUCCCGCUUCUGCUGCAAGUUCUGCAACUCUCUCGUUCUCUAUCUCUCUGUCUAGGAGUGCGAGUGCGAGUGCAAGGCAGUUUCACCUCGCCGCUCAAGCUCGACAGUCGUGCGCCGCUGCUGCUCUCGUCCUCGAGUGCGAGCGCGAGCGAGAGAUAAAAUAACGAGUACAUAGACUCGAGUACGUGGCUGCAGCCCCGACGCGAGACUUUGCAUAAUAACAACAACCAAUAUACUCUGUGCGAAAUAAGGUAUAUCGAGAGCUCUCGGCUUUGCUCUGUCGCUGUGCUAUUGGUGGGUGUGUGUGUGUGUCAUGCCGCGUCGGAAAAACUGAACACGAGAUCGGUGAAGUGUGCGUGUGCAGCGGCCGCUCCUCUCCUUCCUCGCUGCAGCAGCCCUCCGAGCACACGGUUCAAUCAUCGUCAUCGUCGUCGUCGUUAUCUUCGUCCCACAUCCCCCCAGAAGCCUCGUCGCUGCAGCAGCUGAGAGCUUUCAACGGCUGGUCAAAGGCGCGCUCCGAAAGCUCCGCUAUCUUGCGCCGUUAUCUUUCUUUUCUCGCUCUCGGCUCUCUCUAUCUAUCUCUCUCUCUCGACUAGGUGAUCGAUUGUACAAUCACAAACACAGCAAACAUAUGCGUAGGCCGUAGAAUCGUGCUCGCCUAUAAUAUAUAUGUGCGCCUGGAUAACGCACACUGGGAUCCAUUAAAGUCACACGAGCAGCAGCAACCAGGUGACCGUCAUGCCCGACCCGGAAGGCGGCAGCUCGCAGCUGAUCGAGCUCAACGUCGGCGGCGUCUUCUACACGACGGCCCUGAGCACGCUGACGCGCGAGGCCGACUCGCAGCUCGCCAGCCUGUUCAAGGAGCCGAGAGCCAGCCAGGGCCUGGAGCGCGACGCCAAGGGCCGCUACUUCCUCGACCGGGACGGAGUGCUGUUUCGCUACGUGCUGGACUAUCUGCGCGAUCGGGCCCUGGUGCUGCCCGACGGCUUCAGGGAGCGAGAGCGACUGCGCCAAGAGGCCAAUUACUUCGGACUGGGGAAUCUCGAGCGGGCGCUGCAGGAGCCCGCGUCCGCCUUGAAUCCGGCUAAUCGCCGAGGCUACAUAACGAUCGGCUACCGGGGCAGCUUCGCGUUCGGCCGCGAGGGCCUGGCCGACGUCAAGUUUCGCAAGCUCUCUCGCAUCCUCGUUUGCGGCCGGGUGAUGCUCUGCCGCGACGUGUUCGGCGAGACGCUGAACGAGAGCCGCGACCCCGACCACGGCCAGUCGGAUCGCUACACGUCGCGCUUCUUCCUCAAGCACAGCUCGAUCGAGCAGGCCUUCGACAUGCUGCAGGAGCAGGGCUUCAAGCUGGUGGCGAGCUGCGGCUCGGGCACAGCGGGCGGCAACGUGGCCGAGCUCAAGCCCGGUGUGGACUUGGAGGAGAAUCGCUGGAAUCAUUACAACGAGUUCGUCUUCGUGCGUGAGUAAGAGAACGGAGAACAAAAAUGACAAAAAAAAAGUAUACGUGUGCGAGUACGAUAACGUAAGGAAUUCGCGACUUUUCCUGUGUAACUGCGCUCCGAGGCUUUACGACGAGUAGCUGUAUAGCCGAGUCGAGCAACGAGCGACGCACUAAUGCGGCACCAAUAAAACGAGACGGGGUAAGAGAAAGAGCGCCGGCUGCUGUCGCUGUUGUUGUUUUCGAGCGAUUUUUCGCUCAGUUUCAUAUAAUGCGUGGCGCAUGUACGGAGCGCCUGCCACAGUUUUUCAACAUUUUUAUUUCGAGUUAUACUACCCUGUGCGUAAGCGCGCUCGCGCGCGGCAAAGCUCGCGAUAAUCAUGAUUCAUUUUCUUUUAAUGAAAAACGAUAUAUUAUAUUCUAUUAUAUUAUAUUAAAAAAAAAGAAGAAAAAAAGUUUAUGUAAUAACUACGCAGAUGAAGAUGAUCGAUUGCCGAUGAUUCUAUAAAGCUAUUGGCGUAUACUCUCGCAGCUUCCUCCCCUCUCCCAGCUCGAUUCUUUUUUAUAUGCGGGAGGAUGCGGACUUACUUCAGGAAAGAUUGAAAAUACUUAUUAUAUUAUAUUGAUGGGUAAAACUUUGGGCUAUGUAAAUCGAUUAUGCAAGGAAUUUUCAUCGUCCUUAUUUAAAACUCGGUCGCCUUAUUGCACCGAGAGAAAUAUGUGGAUAAUUUUUCUCGGUCAAUACUUUAUGGUUAUUCAACUCUAUAACAUUCCGUAAGUUGUUUUAAUUUACAAGAAAAAACUAAUUUAGUGUCGCCAUCUGCGAUGGUUUACGAACGAAAAAAAAAGAUGAAUUAUUUAUUGAUGUUAUUUACGUAUUUUCAUGAACGUUAUUAUUUUUCGAUCAAGUAUAAGACGCGCGGCAUCAUCAGCUGUUAAGAGUGUAUAAGAAAAUUUGUCUUCGAGAUUUUGCUGACGAGACCUAGUUCGAUGGUCGCUAUACUCCAUCUAUCAUAUCGUACUAAGCCCUUGACAAAUUUCCCUUUGGAAUAUAAGAGUAAAAAAUGAUCUUUCUGAAUUGGCCAAAGUGAUGUUCAUAAUGUAACUAAGAGAUCGCUCAUCGAACUAGACAAGUCCAAGAUCUGACGUAGUAAGUAAUUUUAUACAUUUUCACCAGUUGAUACGGUACGAAUUAAGAAAAAAAAAUUACGAGAGAGAUUAUUUCAGGGCCCGAAAAAAAAGAACACCUGAAAUCUGUAACUCGCCUUGCCAAUCGAAUUUAAUAAGUAGUAAUUUCAAUGUGAUCGCAAAAGUGUAUCAAAAACAAAACAAAAAAUUUAUUCUUAAUUGUUUAGUUUACUCUUUGUAAACGUGAAAAUAACAUUUAAGGCCAAGCGAUUUGAUUGGUUUUUCUGUGACUAAUAUUAUAAAAAAAUAUAGAGGUGUGUGUCAUUAAAAGCUUAAAGAUGUGCAUGUGUGUUAUAUAAUGCAAAAUGCCAUUGGGAACAAUAAUGGAUUUGGAAUUAAUCACUAAAAAAGACAAGCCAAAAACAAAAAUAUUGAAACAAUCAAGCGGUAUAAAUCAUAAAAUAUUAUAUUAUAUCCUAUAUAAAAAAGUAUAGAAUCAAAGUUAUUGUUGUAACGCUUCAGAGAUUUGCCGACACUGUUAUUAUUAGCAAUAAAAUCUAUAGGAAAAUUAAAUGUUUGCCGAAUGAGUAAAAAGUAUAUAAACUAGAUCAUUUAGCGUAUUAUGUGUGUGUCGAUAAGCACCUCUGCAAAAAAUAUGUAUGGAUCAUUGAUAUUAUUAUCGCUGAGAAUAAUAACUUCAUGCAUUGGAUACGCAUUACUGUACAUGUCUUCAUCCAUAACGAAACACAAAAACGCGAUACAUGAUAACGUUAUAAUAAAUAAUAUAUCUGUGAAUGGAAUGAUAAUUUGGAAACUUUCGAUUAUUUUGUACUUCUACGAGUAUGUGUCUUCUGUGUGAGGAUUAUAGGGUCAGCGCGAUGUAUGAAUUUUAUCUCCUGUGAAUCCCCAUUAAUUACAAAAAUAUAUCGUGUGCGUAAACAAUGUACACGCCGAAUUGCCAACAGAACCACUGAAAUUACGAUCUAUAUAAAGUUUCAACGGAAUUGAUAACUUGUUUCGAUUGCUUAUUUUUGGUCUUCUCUCAUAAUUCUUGUGAUAAUACGUAUUUUAAAUUGUACAAUACACACAUUCGAAUUUAAAAUAUGACAAAUGAAGAAACUUAUAUUUACUUUAGCUCAUCAUGGGACCCGACGUAUACAAUCUCUUUUUAAAACCUCUUGAUCUUGGGUAGAAGAGAAAGGACUAGAAAAUGAAAAGAAAUACAAUUAAAAAAAAAAAAAAAAAGACUAGUACUAUUACACACUGACAGGGAAGUCGGCUCUGGGCGAUUAUACGUUUUGACGUACAAAAAAUAAGUACACAUGUGGCUAUUAUAAAUGUAUAUCUAUGUAUGCAAACGCCAUUGGUACAUAGCUCAUACGCUCUCAGUUACGAUGUGGGUGAUAUAGAAAUAAAAUAAAAAAAAAUAAAAAUAAAUAAAUUGUUGAAAAAGCUCACGAAAGA